CAGAAACAAAUAAAUAACCAACAUGGAUGAGGAAAAUACAGAAUACAUCAAACUUCCAGUCACAGACAGAUGUGUGCAUAAGUUAUGGAAGGCGAGAGUUCACGGUUACACAGAAGCGGCCAAGCUGUUUCAACAGAUUGACGAUGAAAAGUCGCCCGAAUGGAACAAGUUUCUUGGAUUGGUGAAGAAGUUUGUGAUCGACAGUAAUGCUGUGGCCCAGGAGAAAGGCCUCGAAGCCGUGCUGGCCUUUGUCGAGAAUAGCGCUGUGGCCGGAAAGACUGUGGGCGAGGUGAUGUCAGGCAUAGUGGCGAAAUGCAUCGGUGCCCCGAAAGCAAAGACCAAGGAGCUGGCGGCACAGAUCACCCUCAUGUACAUAGAGCAGGAGAAACAGGAGAUCGUCAUUGAGGAGCUACUCAAGGGCACUGAACACAAGAACCCCAAAGUUGUGUGCGGCUGUAUCAACGUUAUCACGCAGGCUAUCAGAGAGUUCGGCGUGAAGGUGGUGAACGUGAAGCCGCUGGUGAAGCGAAUGCCGGCACUCCUGGAGGACCGCGACAAGGGAGUGCGAGACGAGACCAAGGCCAUGGUGGUGGAGAUGCAUCGCUGGAUCGGCGCCGCCCUCGCCCCGCAGUUGACUGCAUUGAAACCGGUGCAAAUGACCGAGCUGGAGACGGAGUUUGAGAAGGGGCGUGGCCAGCCCAAGGCCACGCCCACAAGAUGGCUGCGGUCGCAGCAGGCCCGGCAGGCUAGGGUGGCGGCUGAGGCUGCCGAUGAGGACGGAGGAGCAGGUGGCGAGGACGAAGAGGAAGUAGACGGCCAGGAGAUCGACCCCUACGAGCUGAUGGAGCCGGUCAACAUUCUGGCCAAACUGCCCAAAGACUUCUACGAUAAAGUGGAGGCCAAGAAGUGGCAGGAGCGCAAGGAAGCCAUAAAAAGUCCAGAGGGGUUUAGUCCGGGCUUCUUGGUGGCCAAGCAAUUGGGCGAGCUCUCCCUAUCCACCUUCCCGGAGAGCGAGUGUCAACUGAAGGAAUUGUUCCCUGGCGCCGUCUUAAGGUCAAGAGCAGGUGGCGAGGAUGAAGAGGAAGUAGACGGCCAGGAGAUCGACCCCUACGAACUGAUGGAGCCGGUCAACAUUCUGGCCAAACUGCCCAAAGACUUCUACGAUAAAGUGGAGGCCAAGAAGUGGCAGGAGCGCAAGGAAGCCAUGGAAACACUCGAAAACCUCCUGAAAAGCGCUCCCAAACUGGAGAACGGCGACUAUUUCGAACUGGUUAAGGCUCUGAAAAAGUUGAUCAGCAAAGACUCCAACGUGGUUGUGGUGGCGAUGGCAACCAAGAACCUGGGUGGCCUGGCUUCGGGGCUGAAGAAGCGCUUCUCGCAGUACGCUUCCACCUGCAUCCCAGUGCUGCUCGAGAAGUUUAGGGAGAAGAAGGCCAACGUUGUCGCUGCACUGCGAGAGACCAUUGAUGCUGUCUACCAGGCGACAACCUUGGAAGCAAUACAGGAGGACGUGCUAGGUGCCCUGGACAACAAGAACCCGUCGGUUAAAGCCGAGACCGCCAUAUUUUUGUCGAGAUGCUUCCAGCGGUGCACCACACUCAUACUCACUAAGAAACUUCUCAAAGUCUAUACAGCGGCUCUGUGCAAGACGUUGAAUGAAUCAGAUCCGACGGUAAGAGACAACUCAGCAGAAGCGCUGGGUACAGCCAUGAAGGUGGUCUCUGAGAAAGCAAUCACACCGUUCUUGGAGAACGUCGAUGCUUUGAAAUUGGCAAAGAUCAAAGAGUGUUCGGAGAAGGCGGAAAUCCUGGUGAAACAGCCGACAGUAAGGUGGCUGCAGCGAAACCAGCUGCCGCAGCUCCAGCCAAGCCCAGUGCCGGGUCGACCGCACCCAAAGCAGUCAAGCGGCCUGCGUCAGCCGCAGCCGGCGGCGGUGCUGCUAAGCCGCAGAAGGCCGCAAGCGGAGGGGGCCGCGGCUAAGAAGGGUGGUGCUGCUAAUGCCGGAAAGGCCAAAUCGAGUGCUCCCAAAGUGGCCACUGAGAGAGAGCUGAGUGACGAAGAAGUACAAGAGAAAGCUGAGGCCAUUUUGUCUCCAGAAAUAUUGAACGGCCUGGCCGAUUCUAACUGGAAAACUAGGCUUGCUGUCAUGGAACAAUUCACACAGACAUUGGGCACCCUAGAACCGGCCAGUGUGUCCAGUCAAGUGCUGUUCAAAAUCCUCAACAAGAAGCCUGGAAUCAAGGAUACCAACUUCCAGGUGGCCAAACUGAAAUUGGAAGCUGUCAAGAUUAUUGCUACUUCUUUCCCAGUCACAAGUGUGGGAGUGAGCUGCAUCCUGCUAGACGUGGUGGACAAGAUGAACGAGGCUAAAACGUCCGCCCUGGCCUGCGAGUGCCUGACUGAGCUGUCCGAAGCCACCCGACUGGAGGCGGUGUCAACCGAAGUGCUCGACUACUCCAUCAACCGCCAGAAGAGUCCCAAGGUGCAGGUCGAAGUGUUCAACUGGCUCUCGACCGCCCUCUUGGAGUUUGGAUUCCAAGUGAACGCGAAAGCGCUAAUGGAGAACGUGAAGAAGGGUGUUUUGGCCACUAGCCAAGUGGUGCGAACAGCGGCCAUCUCCCUGCUGGGUACUCUCUAUGUGUUCAUGGGCCCUCAACUGCACUUCUUCUUCGAGAACGAGAAGCCAGCUCUUGUGCAGCAGAUUAACGCUGAGUGCGACAAACGAUCGGGAGAAUCAGCACCGGCCCCUGUGCGUGGACUGAGGCGCGCCAAAUCGCAAGACCUGCUGGAAGAUGGUGGUGGUGAUGAGGUCACCGAGGAAGAUAGCCGUCCGUCGGCCACACCCUGUAUACAGGACAUAGUGCCGCGAACUGACAUCACUACCUACAUCACUGAUGCGCUGGUGUCCGAAUUGCAGGAUAAGAACUGGAAGGUGCGUUCAGAGGCGAUCACGAAACUGCAGAACAUCAUCAACGAGCUUCGAUUCAUCUCGGGCUCCCUGGGAGAGGCGGCGCCCCUGCUCGGAGCGAGGCUGACGGAUAGCAACAGCAAAAUAGCGCAGAAUGCCAUCGCACUGUGCGAGUCGCUCGCCACCGCCUCUGGCACGGCCGGCUGUAAGCAGUAUGUGCGCCAUGUGUUUCCUGGCCUUUUACAGUGCACUGGCGACAGUAAGGCUUGGAUUCGUACAGCAGCUGUGAACUGCAUCAAUACGUACGGCGAGCUGUGCGGCUAUAAGGAGUUCUUCGACGGCGAAAUGAUCUUCGACGCUGUAAAGGGAGGAUCGCCUGCUCUCAGGGCUGAGGUCUGGUCUUGGCUCAGUGCUAAGCUGCCCAACAUGAAAACGGUGCCGAAAGAAGAGCUGUUGGUAUGCCUGCCGGUGCUGUAUGCCAACCUGGAGGAUAGAAACGCUGAUGUCAGGAAGAAUGCGUCAGAGGCUCUGGUUGGCUUCAUGUAUCACCUCGGCUAUUCGCCCAUGAUGUCUGCUUGCGAGAAACUCAAACCCGCCUCAUCGAUCCAGGUUCGCGGCCUACUGGACAAGGCCCGUUGCCUGGUGCCCGAGCGCCCCGCUCCGCCCGGCAAAGGCGGCGCCAAGGGCGGAUCUGCCCCAGGGGCGGCAACUGCUGGGGGCGGAGGUGCAGCUGCCAAGGGAGCCGCCAAGAUGGGACCCGGCUCGUCCGCUACCAUCACUAAGUCGUCGUCUAAACUCAAGACGGCUAACUCAGCAAAAUCGUCGUCAGCCGGCAGUCGCAAGGGAGCCGACGAAGAGGCAGACAUCACCCCUCUCCUCCCCACCAACAACCUGAAGAACCAGCGAGUCAUCGACGAACAGAAACUGAAGACGCUCAAGUGGAACUUCACGACGCCGCGUGACGAAUUCGUCGACCUGCUGAGAGAUCAGAUGACCACGGCUGGAGUCAACAAGGCGCUAAUCGCCAACAUGUUCCAUCCCGACUUCAAGUUCCAUUUGAAGGCUAUUGAUCAGUUGAAUGAGGACCUAGGCUCUCAUUUGGCGGCGCUUGCCUGCAACCUGGACCUGAUUCUGCGAUGGAUGACACUGCGCUUCUUCGACACAAAUCCGUCGGUCAUCCUCAAGGGACUCGAGUACCUGCAGACCGCAUUCAACAUGCUAAUCGACGACGACUACAUCAUGCUCGAGAACGAGGCAUCCGCGUUCAUUCCCUACCUCGUGCUCAAGGUUGGAGAUCCGAAGGACGCAGUGCGUAACAGUGUGCGAGCCCUGUUCAAGCAGAUUGUACUAAUGUACCCAGUCUCUAAAUUCUUCACCUACAUCAUGGAUGGCCUCAAGUCUAAGAAUGCCCGUCAACGCUCUGAAUGCCUGGAGCAGCUGGGCUACCUGAUCGAGUCGGUUGGCACGACUGUUUGCCAGCCAUCGGCCGGUGUGGCGCUGAAGGAGAUCGCCAAACACAUCUCGGAUAGGGACAACUCGGUGCGUAACGGUGCACUCAACUGCAUUGUGGCCGCGUACUUCCUCGACGGAGAAAAGGUGCUCAAGACAGUCGGACAGAUAUCUGACAAGGACAUGUCUCUGCUGGAGGAGCGCAUCAAACGGGCGGCGAAGAAUCGGCCUGUGGCCAGCAUUAGGCCAAUGCAGCCAGCCGUGGCCAAUGUCAACCAGCCCAUGCCCAAGCCAGCCUCGGCCAGGCGAGCCGCCACGCCCGACGAACUCGAACAGGAUGUGGAGCCGGAAGUGGAGGAGGAAGUGGAACCGGAGCAGCCUCAACGGGUGCAGGCUACACCUCAGAGUGAUAGCAGCGAUCACAAUAUGAACUGCAGUGGGGAGUUGGAAGCACCCUGCUUUGAAGCCGUGCAAGUCCAUAGAGAUCUAGACUAUGAUGACGACAUGGAUUUCAAUACAUCGCCUAGAUCACAACAGCAAUCAGUGGCCAAUCAUUUCAGCUUAGACCCAGAGUUUCUAGCUGGCAUUGAAGUCCCAGUCAACAUACAGAGGCCUGAAAUCAAAGAAGUUGACCUCAGUUUCCUACGUGAGCCUGUACCACAGAUUCCGACUCUGCUGAAGUUAUCGUCCACGUCUCCGCUAUCUAAGCUGUCCCACCCGUCGACCAUAGAGUGGCAGAUCCAGCAGAUGGGUAGUCCAAACAUAGAGACCGCUCUAAAUGCCAUGAACCAAAUCGAGACUGUGCUGCUAUCAGAGAAGAGAAAUAACCUUCAGGAUCACGUGGAUAAAUUUGUGAGCCAGCUGGUGAAUCAACUCAUCUUCCUCAACCAGAGCAAUCAUCCGGAUAUUGUCACGUGUUACCGGCAAAAUUUCGCUCUACUUAUGAAGCUUUACCAUUACCCCGAGCUGAGCUGCAAGGUUAGUGAAGGCGUGAUCAAGGAUGUAAUCCAUCAGCUGAUCAGUCUGCUCACUGAGAAGAAACUCGAAAUGUACGACUCGACAGAAAUGUUUGUCAAAGUUGUCAACUGUCUCGUGCUCAGGAUACUUGAACGCUCCGACCAUACUGCUUGUACAUGUGCCCUGUUGAAACUGCUGUACGAGACGGUUGGCAACGGUGGUGAUGCAAUGCUGCCACCCUACCAGGAGCUGAUCAUGAAGUGCAUCUGGAGAGUGCUCAAGUUCAUUCCCGAGUGGUAUGAGGAGGAAGAGCUAGAUUACGACCGGAUACUACCUGAUGUUCACACAUUCCUCAAGGACUACCCAUCGCACUGGUGGAAGAAGCAGAAGUCUGACACUCCGCUGCGAACUGUGAAGACAGUGGUGCACACCCUGGUCAAGAUGAAGGGCUACGACCUCAUGCCCCAUGUCAAGAAGGUCAAGGGCAUCACGCCCGAGUCGGAAAUGUCCACUUAUUGCAACAAACUGCUCAGGACACUGAAAGUGGCAGACUCGGCAGCAGUGGGCGAUUGCCAGCAGGAGAAGAAGGAGAACUGCAAGCCACGGCGCAUGCCCAAGUCAUUCCGAGACCAGCUGUCCGACAUUUUCAUGAAGAUCGGAUCCAAGACUGAAACUAAAGAGGGCCUGCGAAUGCUGUACGAUUUCAAGCAGCAGCACCCUGAUGCCGACAUUGAGCCGUUCUUGGAGAAGUCGACACAAUUCUUCCAGGACUACAUUCAGCGCGGACUGCAGGCCAUUGAGAUGGAACAGCGGCUGCAGGGCAACAAGGGUGCGGCUACACUGUCUGAAAAAGAGGGCCUGAAGCAAAACAACAAAGAGAUGGAGCUGGGGACACCUACUUCUGACCCGGAUGACCCCGACGCCCAACACUUGAGCAAUUUCAUGGCACGGUUGCGCGUGCUGCGUGCGCAGGCCAAUCUGGAGCCCAAUGCGCAUGCGCGGCAGGGUGGUGACUGUCAGCCGCUAACAGCCACAGCUGGUGACUCAGAUGUGUUGCCAAGCCGCAAACCGAUAUUCGAUACAAUUGUAAAUCAAAGUCCUGAGAAGCAGCAAAGUCCCGACUCCAAGUCAAUGGAAGCGCUGAAGCAGCGUUUUGAAAAGAUCAAACAAGGCGCGCGAUUGGAUACUUCGUCAUAGUAACGGUCCAAUCACAGCUCAGAGAAAAUCUCUGUUGUAUUUAUUUAUUUCAAGGAGCAUCAGUUGCAGUUGAAAAUUGCAGACCUUAUCCCAUUGAGUCAACAAUUUAAAUCGAAAUUACUAAAAUAUUAAAAUUGAGUCUGGUAUUAAUAUAUGGGGACUAAUAAUGAUUGUUUCAAGUGCUGGUAGUUGAAUUAAUAAAAAAUAAUUUUCACAUUUUUAGUGAAACUUGUGCACUUUGUGUGAUAGAUUUUGAGAUUUUUUCCAAAUUGGUUGAAAAAUGUUAACAUAGAUUUUGCUGUCGUAAUUCUGAUAAUCGUGAUUCUGAUGUACACUGAAUUAGGAUAAAUUUAUGUCACAUUAAAAUCGUGCUACUGCAGUGUGUAUGUACUAAAGUUACAUGAAAUCAUUUUAUUUUUAUUUUGAAUAUUUUUUGAGUAGCCAAGCUACAUGGAUAAUUUUUGAAACACUGAUUCAAUAAUAUUGACAACAGAAGCAGUGUUUUUCAAUUAUGAGGAAGUUCUACUAUAUAAAUUCAAAAAAUUCUACAUGGAAAAGUUUGGGAAAGACAAUGAGGUUUAAUAAAUUUAUCUGACAUUUUUGACUAUUGAAAUGUUUGACAUUAUUGAAUAAUUGACUAUUAUUUCGAGUUUUAUUGGUUGUCGUUGAACAAAUAUUAAUACCAAACGCAAUUUUCUAUCCAUUUACAAAUUGAUGGUUGUGUUGUCUUGUUUCUACAUGAAAUUGGUGUCAUGUCAGUAAAUAGUGAGUAAAUAUUUUGUUAAGAAGACUUAUAAAUGGGACUGCUUUUUAGGUUAUGAAUUUAAAAAAGUUAGCGAGGUUAUGCACAUUCAAAACUAACUUUUUGUAAUUUAAUUUUUGCUUUAAUUAAAAUUAGCGUGAGUUUAAUUGGUAGGAUUCUCUUUGUUUAAACAUUUUAUUAUUAGUUUUUUCAUAUGCGAAUUAAUGGAGCAAAUUACUUGAAGGAAAUACCUUCAUUGAACUUAUUUUGCUGAUUGUGUUUUUUCUACAAAAAUCAUAAUAUGAUUGUCCUGUGCAAAUGAUUAUGAUUUCGUAGUUCAUUUAUUUUAAGGAUGAUUUGCUGUAUUAUAUAUUAUUUUUCUCAUUAUCCCUUGGAAUCUAAUUUUUAUCAAAUAUUCAAAUUCAUUCAAAUAUUGAAUUCAGUUUUAAUAAUAAUCAAAAAAGUAUUACAGUACUAUGAAAUUAAUUCAAUCUAUUGCAGUUUUUUUAUUUAUUUUUUUUAUUAAGGAAUGUGCAUAAUUUUUAUUUGCUUCUGAAUGAAAUAUGAGUCCCACCCUUUUAAGCAAGUAUAGCAUUAAAGUCUACAUGGAAAUGAAAUAUAGAAAAUUUGCUGACUAAUAUCCGUUCAUUAAGAAAAUUCAACUAGGACAGUAUUUUAUGAUAAAGAAAGAAAUUGAGUAAAUUUGUCAUCCCGUUGAAAAAAUCGUAUAGUACGGUAUUUUAUGAGGUAGACAUUGGAUAGACAGACCUAUCUUCCCUUCAAUAGAAAAAUAAUCAACACAGUAUUUUAUGAGAAUUAAUAGGUGGUUUCUAAUAGGGUAUUGUAGUCAUAUUUUGAUCCUCGCAUCAUUUUAGAGAUCCCACCCGAUAUGAUAACAUUGAGAUGUCCUCUAAAAGAUGUUAAUAGUUGUUUUUCUUGUAACUAAAAUGAAUGACAAAACUUACACUAUGUAUAGUCAUUGUAAUUAGUUGACUGUAUUGUUUUAGUAUCUUUAGGAAGAACAAUGCUGUGUUAUAUUAUAAUAUUUAGCAUUUCAUUUUUAACUUCUUACACUAGUUAUUAUUAUAUUUUUAUAAGAAUAUUUGAGGUUAAUUUAACUUUCUUUUACAAAGCUUUUCUAUCUGUGUCU